AUAGGUAAUUUACGAUUUCGAAAAUCUUAUAAAACAUUUUAAGAAAAAUGAAUCUUCAUCAGUUGCACAAUUUUGUUCCAGCUUUUUUUUUUUAAUUUUUCUUUUUUUUUUUUUGUGGAGCAGCUGCUUUUUUGACGCAGUCGUUUACUAUAUGCUUCGGGGAUCAUGAGAACGUACGAUUAUCUAUUGUUGCAUCUGUAAGCGAAGCAUGUGUUACAGAUCAACAUGUUCGUAACAGAAUGUGUUGGUUACGAAAACAGAAUAAGUUUAAUAAAUAAUUUAAUGCAUGUUCCCAUGUAAUGCAAUUAUUAUUAGUAGCGUGUAUAUGGUUCAACCUAAUCGAGAUAUUUGCGGCACGUUGAAAUACAUAAACUAAUUAUGUGAGAUACUUUUCAUUUUGUAAUGUGGAUUGAGUGACAGGAACCUAAUAUCGACUUGAAAACAAUGCCACUGGUGAUGUGGUAUUGGCAGCAACAAAGACAUGAGACCAUCCUAAAUCACCACCAUGACGAAGUUAGACGUUGUAUUGUUCAUCCACACGCUUUUCGUCCUCGUACAAUACGACUGUUUAUGUGAUAAACUUCCUGUAAAAGCAGCAUCACCAGUUGCAGCCGGUGCCAGGUCUCAAUACCACACUAUUUCUAAAUCUUACAGACAAAGAACCCUCGAUGAAUUACUAAACAACUAUGACCCAAGGAUACCUCCAAACUACGAAGACGAUUUUCCAGUGACAGUUCUUGUGCAGCUUCAUAUUACAAAUAUAGACAGUAUCAGUGAAUCUAGUAUGGACUAUUCAGUUGGACUGUUUCUGCGACAAACUUGGAACGACAGCAGACUCGCGUAUCGGAAAAUUCCCAAACUCAGGUCCUUGGAACUUGAUUCACGCCUAAUGGACAACAUCUGGGUUCCUGAUUUAUUCAUUGCCAAUGAAAAAGAUGCUCGAUUUCAUUUAGUUACAGUGCCGAAUAAGCUUAUGCAUAUUUAUCCAGAAGGACGGGUACAAUACAGUGUAAGAAUAUCUGCGACAUUACAGUGUAAUAUGGAUCUGAGGAAAUACCCACUUGAUUCACAGAUAUGUUAUGUCAUGAUGGAAAGCUACGGUUACAGUACAGAUGUUCUUCGAUUUCGAUGGAAUCCUAGCCCAGUAUCCAGAGACUCGAGGCUGCAGUUAGCCCAAUUUGAGCUUGGCGAUAUGCGAACGUAUCAAUGUGAUAAACAAUACGUAGCAUUAAAUUACACCUGCAUCACAUUGGACUUUGAGCUGAAGAGAAGUUUUGGCUACUAUAUAACACAGAUAUACAUUCCGAGUAUACUGAUUGUUUGCCUUUCAUGGGUCUCAUUCUGGCUGGACAUGGAUGCUGUACCUGCUAGAAUAUCUCUGGGAUUAUUGACUGUCCUUACCAUGACCACACAAAGUGCUGGCGCUCGAUCAUCUCUUCCUAAAGUUUCCUAUGUUAAAGCAAUCGACAUCUGGAUGGCAACAUGUUUGCUGUUUGUAUUUGCCGGUUUGAUAGAAUUUGCAUAUGUAAAUGUGCAUUCACGUGUGGAAAAACGUCGACGUCAGAGCUGCGUUGGGUCUCACAAACAAAAUAAUGGAAACGAUCCUGACAAUGAGGCUGAUUACGAAAAGAGACAGCAGUCAAGAUUCCGAAUGUUUAUGCCAAGCAGAGAAAAAGCCAGGACAUGUGAUCGAAUAUCAAGAAUUGCUUUUCCUAGUGUUUUCUUUGUGUUCAAUGUUAUUUACUGGUGUAUUUAUGCAAUAUGGACACCGGAAAAUACCACAUUUUCUUGAAAUACAGUCGACUUAAAAAAUUCUGAUUAAUCAAAAGUCCAACAUAAACAAAUGUUUGAUGGUAAUGCUCAGUCUUCAGAGUUUGAGUAGAUGCUAGUUCUAUUACGUUCAGUAUAGAUGAUUUGAGAGUUGCAUACCUUCCACAGGGAAGGAAACAAUAUUGAGUGAUACAUCGAUAUAUUUAGUGAUAAUUUGACAUUUCAAAGAGAACCAUUGCUAACAUGUAUUCAGAAUUCUUAAAUUAUAAUGCGACAUGUAUGACUAUUUAACAAUUUUGUUACGAUUGAAAAAUGGAUAAAUACUUAUUUUAAUAUGCCUAACAAUGCUUUAAUCAUCACAAUGAUAUUAUGUUGACGUCAGGUCGAGGUGAUAUUUAAUGCAAUCGAAAAAUUGCACUUUUAAAUUUGAUCAAAUAUUUCACUUAAAAACAUGUUUAAAACGAAAUAUCACAUAACUGUCUAAAUAAAUUUACACACUUUCUGGGUUGUUUAUUGGCUGUGCAGAAUAAUUCGCCACCAUUUACGCGCUGAUGGAACUUUAUUACUUUUUCCGGUCCUGACGUACAUAAACAAGGUAGCGUGACGACCUACCAUUUGACGCCAUGCACCAAUAAACAGUUCUAUCAUAUUUAUCUACAUUUUACAGUAAAAGAUAUAUAAGAAUCGAAACAAUUAAUAGCACAAUCGUGUUUUAUUUAUACACUCGGGCGCUUAUACGUCGUACAAAAUGAUUUCACUCAGGCUGCGCUCUCGAGAAAUUAUUACGCCCGACGUAUAUCCGUCAAUCGUGUAUAAGUAGUGCUAGAACAUGGGUUUUUUUUUCAAGUGUAGAUCUGUUUAAUAGAUAAAGGCAUCAAGGCUAUCCGAAAUUGUAUCAAACACAGACUGACACUUACUAGACAUUAUAGAAUUGUUUCAAAAGUUGGAGAACCGUUUUCCUUGUAUGCUGGACGGGAUUUUUCCCGUGUUUUCGUCCGUCAAACAGCCUGGCCUGUAAGAUGACUCGCAUGCUGUAAUUUAUGACUGAAUUUGUAAAUUCAUACGCUACUAUAACAAAAUAGUGCUUAAACGAAAGGCUUUCGUUUUUUUCUUCCAUUAUUUGAAGAAAUACGGUAUGCAAGAGAAAGAGCAAACAAUUACCCUCGAGCAAGAAAUGUCUGUCAAAACCUUUUAUCAGUGGAGAUAUUACCUGUCUGUUCUGUUUUAAACAGAUUGAGUACUAAAAGUAUUGCUUACUUACUAGCUGCAGAUAAUCGAGUUCAAAUAAUGGUGAUGAUACUUUUAAUUAUCCAGUAACUACAUGCACAUGUUAUUUAAUAUCAUGCUCCUAUUUAGAAUAAUAAAACUAAGGAUCAGUUAUACAUACUGGUAGGGCUAUUAGCCUGUUUUUUUUAUACAAAUUGAAAAACAUGACAAAAACACACAUAUAUAACGUGUACACAAUGCUGUCGCAAAAGGCAAAAGCAUAAAUGUCAACGUGAACAGACCAGACGACAAUAUAUAUUUAUUUACAACAAUGAUGUUUAGAAAUGUUUCUGCAGAAAACGAAUCUUUUGAAUCAAUAAAAUGAAACACUGGUAAAUUUAUAUGCUUCCAGAAUCUUCGUACUUAACCUAUCAUAAUUUUGUUCUAUAAGUUAAAUGAAUAUACCAAAAUGCAAGUGUUUUAUUGACUUUUGUAAACGUAUGAAAUAAAUGUGACACAGUAGGAUAC